AUGAGGUUCCACUCGCUCGUUCUCGCCGCCUCGGCCGCCCCCGUCGUCCUUGGCUGUGCCAUCCCCAUAACCAGGACGGUCGUCGUUGAGGUCCAGCUCUACCCUGUCGCCACCCAGGUGCCGCCCGGCCCCGACGCCCUCUACCCCGCCCCGCCUGCUGAGACGCCCAGCGACCCGGCGCCUCUCGUCGCCGUCAAGCCUCUGGGACAGUGCCGCAACUGCGGUGGCUGCGUCAAGGUCACUGGACCCAACGGGGACUCCAUCACGGCCAUGAUUGUCGACCAGUGCCCCGAGUGCAACGAGGGACACCUCGACCUAUUCCAGAACGCGUUUGAGAAGAUCGGUACCCUGUCAGAGGGCAUCAUCUCGACCUCAUACGAGUUUGUGGACUGCGGUAUCUCGUCGCCUAUUGUUCUGAAGAACAAGUCUGGCACGUCGCCUUUCUGGUUCUCGAUGCAGGUCGUCAACGCUACUGAGCGCGUAGCCAAGCUGGAGGUCAGCACCGACGGCGGCAGCACCUGGCAGUCGACGCAGAGGAAGGACUACAACUUCUUCGAGCAGCCCAGCGGAUUCGGAACACCGUCUGUCGACGUGCGGGUCACGAGUGUGUCGGGCAAGGUCGUCGUCGUGAGGAAUGUGCCGGUCGCUUCCGAUGAACAUGCGACGGCCUCGUCCAACUUUUAG